UAUCUCUCCGUCUGACUGUCAUUUAAACGCCGAUCCGACUGAACAGCGAAAUUUUUUCUCCGGACGAGAGUUUUCUAUCUCGGGCUAAUUUUUAUAGUGCGUCAAACCAAGAUCAGUUUAGCGGAAUUCACAUAAAAAUGGCAUCGAUUUGCACCCGUCUUGCAGUCCGUGUGGCAGCCCGCAACAAUGUCACCUACACGCCCGUGCGAUUCUGUAAAAUGAUGAACGAUCCCCUCGAACACGCCACGGGUAUUGAGAAGCGUGAACUUCUAGCCAAAGCUGCCGGCAACGACAAUCCCUUCGACAUGAAGGUCUUCAAACGCGGAGCUGGCUCCAAGGAUCAACCCAACCUAAUUCCAUCUGCAUUCGAUGCACGUAUUGUAGGAUGUAUUUGCGAAGAAGAUCAAACCUACGUACAAUGGAUGUGGCUCCAGAAAGGACAGCCGAAGCGUUGCGAGUGCGGCCAUUGGUUCAAACUAGUCGAGAAAGCCCCAGUAUAAGACGCCAGCGUACCAUAAUACCAUCAAAUUAUGUUCUUUCCUUAGAAAAGUAAUUGUCAGUGAAAUGAUCUUAAGAAAAGAAAAAGUUCUAGAACAACAAAAAUGAAUUCUAUAUACCAAAGGGGAAGGAUGGGACUGUGCAGGUAAUUAAUGGAAUGCGUAUGGGCGUUCCGCUCUGUCCGAACCACUGACAAAAUGGUUUCGCCGCUGUGUCAUAUAAUUCGAUGGUCACCGAACUACAAACUAUUUCUCACAAUUGUUUCUUUUUUUUCAUACCGUUAGUCAGCGAAUUAAAUAAUUUUGCCAGUAGA